AAAAGGUCUCGGAUUUAUCAGGUACUCAUGAAAGCAUAUGAUUCAUUAUUGAUACUGCUAUAUUAAUCAAUUUUAUAAACUCUUAUUUUAGAUUUCAAGCCACCUAAACAUGCUUCAGUUGAAAACCAAUUAGAAAUUCAGAGGUAUCAAUAUCAGAAAUAGUAGAACUCUGAAAGGAAAUGUGUAACGCCGUUAUAAGAAUGAUGAGUUUGAACAAAAGAUGAAUCCAAAAGUAUCUCUUCCUAGUUUACCUAAUGUUAAAAAAACAGACUUAUAAAGCGAUUAAAGUAUUGUGUUUAUUAAAUUAGAAUUGUUGAAUCUUUCUAAACCCCAUAAUAGAUUGCCAAAACUUGAAGCAAAAAGUGAAGUACCAAAAUAAUUGAAGUAACAAUUGAAGAGAUAAUAAAAUUAGAUUGGAAGAUGCAAUCAUUCAUUACAAUAGUGUGACUCCUGAAAGAAGAUUAUAGAGUCCUGACAGAUAAUUAUCAUUAAAUAAAAAAAGAUUGUUGGCAAAAACAUGGAAUGGAGGAUAAUAUGCUUGUAAGACAAAAGCUGGAUGUUUAGCUAAUAAAACGUCAAAAACUAAUCAAGAUUCUGGUAUAGUAUUACCAAAUUGUUUAGAGAAGUAAAUUUAUUUAAAAUAAGUAAGUUUAGGUUAUAGUAUGUUUGGAGUAUGUGAUGGCCAUGGCUCAAAUGGGCAUUUAGUAUCUCAAUUUAUAAGGUAGGCAUUACCAAAGCAUCUCGAAAUAUUAUUAAGUAAAGAGGACAAUAAAAACAAAGUCAUUUAAAAAGCAUUUGAGUAAACUAAUAAGGAGAUAUGGGAUUCUGAAACUGAUACAUCUUUGUCAGGAUCUACAACAGUCUCUGUUAUCAUGAAAAAAGACUAACUUUGGACAGCAAACGUUGGAGAUUCUCGAGCCAUUAUUUGUAGGAAUCAAGAUGGAAAUUGGAAGGCAAUAUAAAUUACAAGAGACCAUAAACCAAAUGUGGAAGAUGAAAAAUAAAGAAUUCUUUAAGCAGGUGGAAGAGUGGAGAGUCAAAAAGGUUAAUUCCUAAUUUAUCUUAGAUUAUUAUGGAAAUUCAGUAGGACCUGAAAGAGUUUGGUUAUCUUAUAUAGAUGCUCCAGGAUUAGCUAUGACUAGAAGUUUAGGUGAUAAGAUAGGUGCAUAAGCUGGAGUCAUAGCUGAUCCAGAAAUAUUUGAAUUCACACUUACAUAAUAUGAUUAAUGCAUUAUCAUUGCAUCUGAUGGAGUCUGGGAAUAUCUCUCGAAUGAAGAUGUGAUGAAUAUAGUCAUACCAUUCAUUGAAAAAGAAAAUAUUGAUUUAGCUGCAGAUAGAUUAAUGGCUGAAUCUAUCAACGCCUGGAAGAGACACAGUUUAGGUAGAGAUGACAUUACUUGCAUAGUUGUUUACUUAAGGAGUUGA